GGAGAUGCGGAGGAGGAAGGAAGUCCCUUUAGAAAUUCAUGCUAGAGGUCCUGUGGCGGUUAAGGCCUAUAACGACGCCCUCAAAGACGGAGAGGCAUCUGUAAACAGAAUACCAGUAAUCUUGGUCGGACAAGAGCGAACAGGAAAAACUAGUCUAAAGAGAUCUUUAAAAGGAGAGCUUUUCGACAAAUUUGAAGAAAGUACGGAUGGAAUUCAGGCAGAUACUGGAUAUUUCAAAGUCUCUAAAGAAAUUUGGAAGACCGGGAAAAAAAUUGAAGAUGCGGGUCCUGAAUCAAGUAUCUCGUUUGAAAACCUUGCAGCAGCUAAGUUGAUUCUUGAACGGUUAAGGCGAGAAAAUUUGAGUUCACAGGAUGUUCCACAACAAAGUAAAAACGCCACUCAUCUCGAUACCGAAAAAACCAGCAGAGAUACGGCAUCAUCUACUUCGAGUCAGCCAAAUGGAAACGAUGACAGUCCCUUCGACAUGCCAGAAAUACCUGAAGAAGUACUUCAUGAGCUAACCAAACUGCUGCAGAGGGAGAGAGAUGUUUCCGACAUUAAUGAUAUCUAUUCAAUCUUGUGGGACUUUGCUGGGCAAUCAGUCUACUACGACACCCAUCCAAUUUUCCUGAUUGAGAAUGCUAUCUAUCUUUUGGUAGCCAAUCUGAGCCAUAAUCCUGAAGAGAAGGCAACUCCACCUGUGAAGAAAGGAUUGUACAGGAAUAUCGUAGACUCUCACAGCAACAAAACAAACCUUGACUUCCUUGACUUUUGGAUGUCAUCAAUUUUUUCACUGGCGAGCCCAGAAUCCAGCUGCUCAGAUUCAGCCACAAAUGGUCAAGAGAAUUUACCCGGAAGACUUCCCCCAGUGUUUUUGGUUUGCACCCAUGCCGACAAGCCCUUCUACAGGACUAACGCUAGAGAUCAAGCGCUUGAAAUAUAUGGGUUUUUACGAAGCAAAGCAUACAGGGAGCACCUUUUCAAGGACGUUUUCGCCGUGGAUAAUACCAAAUCAGGAGGUGACCACGAGUGCCUAGAGGUCGUGCGCCUGAGAGAGAAAGUACUUGCUGUAGCAAAGGAGUUCCCACUGAUGAAAACAAAAAUACCAUUGAGGUGGUUGAAGUAUGAAAACUUGCUUCACAUCCGUAUGGAGCAUGACAAGUGGAUACCGCUGAAUGAAGCCAGGCGCAUUGCAUUUGACGAGUGCAUUAUUCAUAACGAGGCAGAAUUCUCGACCUUGUUGAAUUUCCUGCAUGAUCAGAGAAUUGUUGUUCAUUUCAGUGGCUCCCCAGAGCUGGAGAGGAUGGUGAUCUUAGAUCCCCAGUGGCUUGUCGACGUUCUCAAGAAGAUUAUCACUGUAAAGCGGUAUGAACACUCUGAAAAACAAGUAGAGUCCAUGUGGUUAAAGCUUGAAGACACAGGGGUCUUAGAUGAAAGGCUUAUCGACCAUGCAUGGAGAGACUUGUUUGACAACCAAGAAUCCCGCGACAGCCUCAUUGCAAUCUUGGAAAGAUUGAGUCUUCUUUGUUCUUGGCCGUCCGCUGAUUCUAACAAGCAAUAUCUUGUGCCAUCCAUGUUGAUGUCACCCCCAACGAAGGAUGUCCUGAGGCUUCUCGCCUCCGCAAAAAUGCCAUCACUUUUUAUCACAUUCGCGUCAGGUCGAGUGCCCCCUGGUCUCUUCUCCCGACUUAUCCUUCUUUUCCUCCAAUGGUGCAAAGAAGAAUGGAAGAGCGAAGUGAGCCCACAGUUGUUUCAUAAUUUUGCCAUGUUUUAUAUUCUUCCAGGCCAAGGUGUGUCCUUGAUUUUUCGGUGCCAUUCCUCGUCGAUCGAAAUCGUCGUUUACAGUGGAGACAUCGACAACGAGACAGGAGCAAAGUCUUCUUAUGAAAACUAUGACCAAACUCUAGGCCGUGCUAUUCACUGGAAAUUGAGAUUGGUACUGGAAUGCAUGCGCAAAGAGUUCCACUGGCUCAAGAACGUGAAUUACGAUAUGUGUGUCUGCUGCCCAGUAUGUUCUCAAGCAGGCUCUAUCAAAUGUCGCGCUCAUGACGUGUAUGGAUGUGAGUGUCUACACUUCUUGUCAGAAUCUGAUUUGAGACAGCGUCAAUAUUGUGACAGACCAGGACGCAGCCUUCUUGGGGAUUGCAGGAUUCGGGUCAACCAGUUUGAAUGUUGGUUCUCAUUCGAAGACGUAGAGAAAAGUGCUGGAAUUUCAACGAAUCGGGUAAGUUAAGUUAAUAAUCUAGAG